AUGUCCAAAAAGGAGAAGUCUUUGCAUGAAAAAGUAAAACACUUUUUCGGCAAAAGAGAAUCGGUGCCAAUUAAUUUUGACAAGCUGAGAAAGGAGAAAUUUAUUCUUAAUAAUGAUGCUUUUAAAGAUAUUAGUUCAAAGAACAGCCUUAAUCAAAGGCUAAAGUCAUUGAAGGAUCUCUACGAUAUUGUGCUGACAAAAACACUGGAAAAUUAUGCUGUUGAAGCCCUUUGUAAGCAUGUGGAAGAUUUACUUGAUGUACAAAACACGACAGAAACAAGGCACAUUGCAUUUCAAUUUUAUACUGCCCUAAUUCAGGGACAGAUUGAACAGAUGACUAUUAUGAGGACAUAUUUAUUUAGAUUGUUGGUUCAACAUACAAUAGAAGAAGACACACUACCAAGGCUUGAAAUGCUGAAAGAAUUGUCAGAAAGUGGGAAAAAUAUUACAUACUUUGAAGAAGAAAUAGGCCCAUUUCUUCUUCACUGGUUUCCGCAAAUAUUUUCUGCUGGCAAUACUGCUGAAUUUCUGCCAUUAGUUACAAAUGUCAUUAAAUUUAAUGCUGCUUAUCUUUAUGAUGAUACUGUUGCUGGUUUUAUCGAAUGUAUCAGUAUUUACUGCACUAAAACAAAUUCUGAUGGAGAUAUUCAAGAAUGUCUGAAUAUCUUAGAUGCCAUAUUGUGUUACAGUCAUGUACCUGAUAAUGUCCUGCGGAAGUUUAUUCAUACAUUGUGUGUUACUGUGAACAUGGAACAGUUUUCACAAUGCAGUUGGAAGCUUAUGAGAAAUUUGCUUGGGACUAAUGCAGGCCAUACAAGUAUAUUUAUACUGUGCCUUAUUUUACAAGACAAAUAUAACUACAAACAAGCUUCUCUAGUUCGUGGAGCAGUUUUCUUUAUUGGAAUGGCAUUAUGGGGCUCAAAUCGAGUACAGACAUUGACACAUCCACCAGCUGCUGUAUUACCAUCAUUUUUUAGAGCUUUAGAGAACAAUGAUAGCAUUAUAGCGUAUGAAAUUGUUUUAUCUUUACAAAGACUUGUGAAAAAGAGUGGAGAAGUGCUUAGAAAUUUAUGUUGGGAAAUGAUAUUUGACAUUGUAGAAAAAGUUCUCGAAUAUCCUGAGCUUCAAGAGUCUAGUAAUCCUAUAUCAGUUCUUGCCAAAUCUCUUCAUGACCUUAUAACCAUUGCUGAAGAAAACUCUCCAGAGUUUUCUCAUGAGCGAUUAUUCAAAAUUAUUGAGAGAUGUGCUGAUGCAAGAAAUGAGCAGUCUGUGAUAAAACUUAUUUCACAUAAUUACAAAUCAAUGAGUCCAUUCAAAGCAGAUUUUGUGUUAAAUAUGAAUAAAUUGUUGGAAAAAUAUUUUAAAUAUGAAAGUCGAGAAGGAAUUCAAUUUGAAGUUCUGAAAAUAGUUAAGGAGCUUAGAAAUGAAAAUAUGUAUUUCUUUGAGGCUGAUUUACUUGAUCAAAACAUUCUACAAUUUAUGUCCCAUGUUGAAAAUAUAUCAAGUGUGAGCAUUCGUAAAGCUGUUGCUGCUUUCCUGACUGAGAUGGCUGAAACUUCUACCAGCAGCCUCUUUUUUGAGCUUAUUGAAAACAUUGAAAAGGUCAUGAAAAUGAUGUUUGAGACCUCUAUUGAAAACAGUGAAGCCAAUGCUUCUGAAGUUUUUUCUGAUGUAUUAGCUGCUGUGGAAGGACUGACAAAAGUUUUCAAGAAAAAAUGUUUCAUGGGGCCAUCCAGUCACUGUGUCAAAAUAUAUUCAAUUCUUACUAAUCAUCUACAGCAGCAGUACAAUAAACUGCUAUAUUUUGAAAAUGCUGUACGAGUGCGAAUAUUGGUAUUACAGUUUUUGUUGCAAUUUCGAGCAAACAAUAAGAAACAAAUUGGAUUCAUUAUUAAUGAUAAACUAGAGUACAGUGUCUAUAUUUCUUAUGAUUCAAGUUAUAAAGAAAUAAAUGAGUCAGCGCCUACUAGUCCAGUUCUUAGUUCUCCACCACCUCUUGUUUCUCAGAAUGUAUCCUACUUAGGCUUCCAAGAUGCUUUUCAAGUAAUAAUUACUUCCUUGAAAGAGGAGAAAGAUUGGGGUGUUCUUGAAGUGGUUUUGAGUGAAUUUCCCAAAAUUUUGCAAAAUAAAGCCCUAGUUGUUGGAGGAAAUUGUAAUGUAUCGACUCUUUGUGUUGCAUUAUGUAUGAUGGUGAAUGAUCGCAAUUUAGGGUUCCCAGAGAGUUUAAAAAAUGCUCCUGCCCGACUCAAUCGUACUGAAGUGCAUAGUCGUGUGUUCCCUUGCGUGGCUGCAUUAACAUCUUAUCAUUCUCAAAUGGAGUCACACAUACAGCGGUUGCUUAUAAGAUGCCUUCAAUCUGGUUUGGUAUCAAGAAGUGCAAAAGUCUGUAUGGAAGCUUUGACUCUAUGCACUUUAGAAAUGCAAAAUUCUAUGGUCAAACUGCUGCCUGAUGUACUUUUAAAACUUUCAAAAAUUUCUGCAACAAAAGGAGUUGCAGUUUCUGUUUUAGAAUUUUUAUCCAAUCUCAUCCGAUUACCUAACCUCUAUAUCAGUUUUGUUGAAGAUCAGUUUAUGAGUAUAUUUGCUAUUGCACUUCCUUAUACCAACCCAUUUAGGUUUAACCAGUAUACAGUUGCUCUAGCUCAUCAUGUUAUAGCAAUGUGGUUUUUAAAGUGUCGCAUUCCAUUUCGUAAGGAUUUUGCAAAGUUCAUCACAAAGGGGCUUCGUAGUAAUAUAAAUAUUCCUCGUGAGGAAAAUAAUCGUAACAAAGAUUUUUCUCAGAGCACUGAAGAAGGAUGUGAAAAAAGUGAGAUGUCUAAUGCUGCCAUAAUUACACUACAUACAGAGUUGAUGGAAACAGGACUAGAUCUAAUGUCUAGAUUCACAUUUGGCAUGUGUUCCAAUGUACCUAAAAGAUCACCAACUGCUGAAUUCUUAUUAGAGAAAGGUCAGAAAAAUAGCUGGCUUGUUGGAAAUAAAAUUGUUUCUAUUACAACUAGUGGCUGUGGUACUAAAUCUUUCAAGCAUGGUUUAUGUGAAAGGUGCUAUUCAUCUUGUCGUGAUGUCAAUAAAAGUUUGGAAUCUGAUGAAAGCGAUUCAAUAUUUAUUGAACCAGAAGCUUCUAGAUCUGAAACUUCAGAAACUUUUAACACCAAAAGAAAGCGUCAUCGUUCUGCUAUUCAGAGAAGGAAUACAACACUGUCUAGAGAAAUGUUUACAAAUGCCAAUCAAACUAAAGAUGACAUUCUUCUGCAUUUCCCUCGACAUCAUUCAUCGGGUUCUUUAUCCCAUCGUCGCCAUACUACUUACUUUCCUAAUGAUAGCCAGGCAGCUGCAAGUUCUUAUGGAGAAUGGUCUUUAGGAAAGAAAGAAAGAGAAGAAAGAGGUGGGCAUCUGUGUAGUUGUUGGUGCACUAGUUGGGCUGAAGUGCAUAUUAGACGGCCAACUGGAAAUACAUCUUGGAUGAUGAAGAUACAGAAUCAACUUUUUUUACCUUCUUCUCCUCCAGAAUUUCCUCUUUCUGUCAUUAAUUCUUUAGUGUUACCACAAAAUAGGGACCUUGAUGUAGAUAGCAGUCUUCCUUCAACUGAAGAGGAGUACAGUGAUUUGAAUGAGUCUCAACUAGGGGAAGCAUCCGAUGGUGCUAUAGAGAUACUGCCUUGCUCUAAACCUAACCCUCCUGUACGGCGUACAAAUUCUAGUCCUGAUAUGAACACAGGUUUAUUGCAGUAUGAAAAACUUGCAAAUGAACAAAAUGAGAGAUUAGAACUCGCUAAUGAUAUUGAAAAACAAAGGUCUCAAUGCAUGGAAAAUGAGAAUUUUAUAAAAGAAGAUUUCCCCCUAAACAAGAGCUCAGAAAUUCUAAAUUCAAAGGGUGCUCUUAAAUUAGAUUUGCCUUCUAAAAGUGAAGUCGCAGAGCUAAAUUUUUCUAGAGAAAAUAUGUGUGAGCCAAGUUCAGCUAAAGUUCUAAGCAGUAUAGAAUGUCAGCAACAGGCAUCUAUGUCUUCUUUCAGAGAUAGGGGACAUACUAUAUCAGUAAUGAGUCCUAGUCGUCCAAAUGGCUCUGAUAAUUCAGUCAAAAGGCCUGAAUUGAAUCGCAGGAGUGGUAUGAGCCCAAGUUUUGUUUUCCUACAACUCUUUCACAAUAGUUGCUUUGGUCCUGUAACUCAUAAACCACUCUUAUUGCUACAAACUGAGGCCAAUAAUCGAGCUCUUAGUGUAUUAGAUCACAUACCUCCUUAUGAUACCCACAAAAUUGGUGUUGUAUACAUUGGACCUGGACAGGUUAACAAUGAAGUUGCCAUAUUAAGCAAUAUCUAUGGGUCAACUCGAUACGUAAAUUUUUUGAGGGGACUUGGAAACCUUGUUCGUCUUACUGAUGUAGAUCCUCAUCAGAUAUAUCUUGGAGGCCUUGAUACACGAGGUGAAGAUGGAAAGUUUGCUUUGAUUUGGCAGGAUGAUGUUAUGCAAGUUGUGUUCCAUGUAUCAACCUUAAUGUUCAACAAAGAGAAUGAUCCUAUGAGAAAUGAGAAAAAGAAACAUAUAGCAAAUGAUAGUGUCAUGAUAGUGUAUAAUGAAAGUGGGGAAGAUUUUCAGCUUUCCACCAUCAAAGGCCAAGUUACAAAUGCUUGUGUUACCAUUUGCCCUGAAGAUUAUAAUUGCAAUAUUAUAUCUGUUCAACUCAAAACAAAUGAAUUAAUGGAAACAUUUGGACAUUCUGAAUCAUACAUUGUAUCAGAUGAAAGCUUACCAGUAUUUGUGAGACAGAUGGCUCUGCAUGCAAAUCUUGCUUCUUUGAUAAAUAGUAGACGACAGCAAUCUUCAAAAUAUACCCAUGUGUCCAACUGGCUUGAAAGAUUACGGACUAUGAAAAGACUUAGAUCAAAAGUCUUGGAAGAACUUAAGAAGAGAAAUGAUGGUUUGAGUUGUGAGAGCAUCUUCGAGUCCAACAAUUAUGAUGAUUUUACUGAUUAUGUAUAGCAAUUUAAUAACUCACAAUCAUCCAAAUUGUAAAUUAUCGCACAAAUCCACAUCUUAUAUUGUACAAAUGUAAUUUUAACAUUUUUUGAUUGUACAGUUUUAAAAUUAUAAUAAAUUAUC